GCCCGUCCUCCGAGCGGCGCUCUACGUACAGACGUAAACACGUGCUGCUUCUGCUCACAGGUUCUGUUCAUUUCUCUAUCCCUCUCUCCUCCCGUAUCAUUCAGCAGCAGCAGAGAUGGCGGACCCCGCCACAGCAACGCACUCUUCGGCCGUAAGCCCAAGCUCAGAGCCGCCGUCACGGGCGCUGUCUCCCACGGCAGGCGGAACGCAACGACUCUUGUUUACGCAUGACCUGGUCUCCGGUAAACACCGCGGAGCGAUGCGCUUCGGGCUCGUACGUAUGAUUUACGGCGAAGAGGAUUUUGAGGAUUCUGACUCAGAGACUGGCGGCGAUGGCGGAAAGAGAGGAGGUGGUGUUGGUGGUGAAGGCGCUACCGGUAACUCGGACAACGAGAGCGGGGCACCGGGCACACGAUCAUGGCCUCUCAGUAGAGGAUUCGUUCGAGUUCAGUGGUAUCCCGAGGGGACGAAGCAGGAUGUUCGGGAAACGAAGCUGAAACUUGAAGAUCGAUCUAUUGUGCCUAGAGACUUCGUCCGGUAUUUGAAUUUGAAUAAUAAACAGUGUGGUAUUGUGACCAACAUAACCACUGAAUGUGCAGUGAAGCUUGUGGGGACCAACUGCGUCCUUUAUCCUGUUAACAGCAAAGAUCUGCAGCAUGUCUGGUCAUUUAUGUAUGGGGACUACAUCGUUUAUGACUUCUGGCUUGGAAAAGUGUAUGAUCUCAGCAUCCAAAUCAUUGUACAGCUCUCCAAUGGAGCACGAUGUUCCAUGAGUGAGGAGGAUGGUGCCAAACUCUACGAUAUUUACCCUCACGUCAGUGAUGUGGGUUUAUUCUUUGAUGAUGCAUAUGGGUUCUACCCAGGCCAGGUUUUGAUUGGACCCUCAAAGGCUUUUACCAAUGUGCAAUGGCUAUAUGGUGUAAAACCAGUUCUCAGUAAAAAAAGCAAGUUCAGGGUUGUUGUGGAGGAGGUUCAGGUGGUGGAGCUAAAGGUGACAUGGAUUACAAAAAGUUACUCUCCAAAAGGGCCCGACAGUGUCUUCCCACCACCCUCAACCAUCACACAGGAGAACCUUUGCAGGGUGAAGAGACUUGGCUUCUUUGAUCAUACUCAGAGGCAGCUGGGAGAGAGAGCCCUGUAUGUGUUUCCCACCAAGAGUGAAACUACACGAAUAACUUGCGAGGGUCCUGAGGGGGCACCUGCUCAACCCGAGGACCCUGUUGUUCGAAAGUUAAAAAGAAUGUUUAGGAAGGAAUCUGGAAAAAAGAUGUCAGAGAAUUCAGACACAGAGACUAACAACUCGCACUCAACAGAGAAGGUGGAAAGCAUGGAAGGUGAGGAGAAACCAAUGCAGGAAAAGGACUGUCCUGGUGAUGUUCCGUGUUACCCCAACAAUGGUCCUGUUUCAUGUCCAGAAGCUGUGGAUGAGGGAGAGAAGCCACCAUCAGAUGCUUCUCAGAAACCGUGUGCCCAUCUGGGGGAGCAGGAGUCAGAUGAGGAGCUUGGGGACGACACUGAUGACACCAGCUCAGUCACUUCCUCUGCCAGCUCCACGGCCUCACAGCAUUGUGGCCCAUCCCGAAAGAAGAGCAUCCCUUUGUCCAUCCGCAACCUGAAGAAAAAGCACAAAAAGAAGAGGACAAAGUUUUCGCGAGAGUUUAAACCGGGAGACAGGGUGGCAGUUGAGGUUGUUUCCACCGUGACCACUGCAGAUGUGUUGUGGAAGGACGGUCGAUUAGAGACAGGUAUCCGCUCCAAUGAUCUAAUCCCUAUCCAACACCUGGACAACCACGAGUUCUGUCCUGGAGACUACGUUGUAGACAAACGACCUCAGACUGUUCAGGAUUCAGGUGUCUGUGGAGUGAUUCAGUCAGGCGAUCAUAAGGCCAGAACCUGCGUGGUCAAGUGGGUUAAACUCAAUGCUACGGGUGAUGAUAUUGAGGUUAAUGGAGUGGAAGAGGAUGUUAGUGUUUACGACAUUUCUGAUCAUCCUGACUUCCAUUUCCGUAUAACAGAUAUUGUUAUAAGGAUCGGAAACUCGAACACAGAGGACUGUGAAAAUGAGAGGUCUGUUGGCCAAGUGUGCAGAGUGGAUCUGAGUAGUAAAGUUGAGGUUGUGUGGGCGGAUGAGUCUAAGACGAUCGUCCUUCCACAGCACUUGUAUAAUGUGGAGUCAGAGAUUGAAGAAACGUAUUAUGACUCAGCGGAAGGCAGCAGUAGUGGUGCUUCAUCUGAAGAGUGGGAGGAUGAGAGUGACAGCUGGGAGACGGAUAAUGGACCUGUGGAGGAGGAACCAGGAGGAGGGGACAAUGCUGUAGUCUCCUCCCCCACCAAAGGUCCUCCUGCUGAUGGCAAAACUAAUGGUGUGAAUACCUCCACCACGGAAUCACCAGGAGCUAUGUUCACAUCUGAACUUCCUGGUGGAGUCCCUGCAUCUGAGGAGAAACAUGUUAAAGAGACCCCACCGCGUGGUUUCCGUGAGCUCAAAGAAGCCCUAAAGAUCUUAGAGAGCCUUAAGAACAUGACUGUUGAGCAGCUUUGGACCGGAUCACCAACCUCUCCCACUGCCGAACCUUCAGCCGCAAUGGCUGCCACAAGCCCGGCUGAUGCUAAACCCACAAAGGAGAAACGCUUCUUGGAUGACAUAAAGAAACUUCAGGAAAACCUGAAAAAGACUCUGGACAAUGUGGCAAUUGUGGAAGAAGAAAAGAUGGAGGCUGCUAUAAAGGAGGAGAGAUCAUCUGCGUCAGUGGCACCUGAACCUCAAACGCCUGUACGUUCUGAGUGGCCCAGUGACACGCCCGUUUUGUGUCAGCAGAGUGGAGGCAAACCUGGUGUUACCUUCACCAGCGCUAAAGGAGAAGUCUUUUCUGUUUUAGAAUGGUCACCAGAGACACACUCAUUUAAAAAAAUGGAAUUCCAGCCUGCGGAUGCAAAGAAGUUCUUUAGCACUGUAAGAAAGGAAAUGGCCCUACUGGCCACCUCUCUGCCCGAUGGCAUCAUGGUGAAGACUUUUGAGGACAGAAUGGAUCUUUUCUCAGCUGUAAUUAAGGGCCCUAAUCGCACUCCUUACGAGGAUGGACUAUUCCUGUUUGAUAUCCAGCUUCCAAAUAUCUAUCCUGCUGUUCCCCCUCUCUUCCGUUACCUCUCUCAGUGCAGCGGACGACUUAACCCCAACCUCUAUGAUAAUGGGAAAGUCUGUGUUAGUCUGCUCGGAACCUGGAUUGGAAAGGGCACUGAAAGAUGGACCAGCAAAUCCAGUCUGUUGCAAGUGCUUAUCUCUAUUCAAGGUCUGAUCCUGGUCAACGAGCCGUACUAUAAUGAGGCCGGGUUUGACAGUGACCGAGGCCUUCAGGAGGGUUACGAGAACAGUCGCUGCUACAAUGAGAUGGCACUCAUUAAGAUGGUGCAGUCAAUGACUCAGCUUCUCCAUCAUCCUGCGGAUGUGUUUGAGCAGGAGAUCCGGGAGCACUUUGCCUGCAAUGGCUGGCGGCUGGUCCAUCGGCUGGAGUCCUGGCUGGAGUUGCAUGGGGGCGUAAAUGACCGCGUGUCACAAUGUUGCGGUGGCAGCCUCCGUGCGGAGCCUCUGGAAGAGAUUCCCUCAGCUUUGGCCAGUAGCAGCCCAGACAAGCAGGAAGUGCGGAGCCAAGAGGAUCUCGAAGACUCUGGGCUCAGUCCCUCUACAGUGGGGCUCAGUGGAGCUUCUGGUAAAGAUGGGCAGCAAGAGCUGAGCCAGAACUCAGAGUGUGAUAGUUCAGAUGUGGGAGGCAUGAGAUCUGAAAUGGCAGAAGGUUCUGAAGGGCUGUUCGCAUCUCAACAAAGCGGAAAACCGUGUCAGGAGUCUCAGCCAGCUGUCAGACCAAAGAAACGAAGAAAGAGCUAUCGCAGCUUCCUUCCAGAGCGUAGCGGCUAUCCCGACAUCGGAUUCCCGCUCUUUCCACUUUCCAAAGGUUUUGUGAAAAGUAUGCGUUCAGUCCUCCAGCAGUAUCGAGCGACUAUGACAGCUGCUGGCAUUCCGGAACACCAUGAAAACAAAUAACUGCCCUCUAGCCCUCUUGUUAAGCCCCCAAGAGCUGCGCUUUAUCCCCUUUAACCCUUGGCCAGCUACUUGGAUUACGUCAGACUGACAGUGUUUACUAGCAGCCUGUGUUAUUGCUUUGUAGCACAUUUCUAGUUUGCUUUUUUGCCUUUCAUUUGUCUUCAGACAGAAGCAUACAUAUUUGUUUGUAUUGUAACACAUUGAAAUUUCAAAUCUUGUUUCCCUGAUGACAACCCUGCCGACAUGGCACUCUCUCAGGGACGUAUGGACAAAAUGGACAGACGUGAGACAUUAUAGAUGCUAUGGCAUAACUGAAGCUUUUGGUAUGUUGACGUCAAGGUAUGAGGGAAUAAACUGCCAGAGGGAACUGAUUCAUUGUUUCAUGGGAUACUUGGUCGUAGGUGCUGUCCUCCCUGCUGUGGGAGGGACAGAGCCUGUUUUUGAUUAUUUUUGCACAGUUGAAGUUGGUUUACUUGCAGAAAUAAAGGAGUCUGCAUGG